AGCUGCACACUGCAGAACAUUUACACUGACAACAUGCUGGUGGUCCUCUGCUCUCUCAUCACUGCUCUAACAUAUGUGGAUGCAGCCAAAGUGUUGACCCAGACGCCUGCUGUUCACACAGCUUCUCCAGGACAAGAGGUUGUUCUCAAAUGCAACAUUGAGAGACCUGAAAGCUAUUAUGUGUCCUGGUACAAACAGGUUCCUGGUGGGACUCCUCAGUAUGUUCUGAAAUUUUACCAUUCUCACAGUUCACCCAGCUUUGGAACAGGGUUCUCCUCUGACCGAUUUAACUCCAAAGCCUCAUCAAACAUAGAUUAUCAGUUUGUCAUUAAGGCGGCGGAGGCAGGAGACUCAGCUGUUUAUUACUGUGCAACAUGGGAUGACUCUGCUAAGGAGUCGGUAUUCGGACCAGGAACCAAGCUGACUGUGACAAGCUCCAGCCUCCGUCCUCCUGUCCUGACAGUCUUCCCUCCGUCCAGCGUUGAACUCCAGUCCAACAAAGCCACUCUGGUCUGUCUGUCCAGUCAGUCUGGGCCUUUUGCAGAUGUCACCUGGUCGGCUGCUGGGAGUCCAGUGAGCAGUGGGAUCUCCACCAGCACCGCUGUUCAGAAACCAGACCAGACGUUCCAAAUCAGCAGCUCUCUGGACAUCCAGACGUCAGACUGGAACAUGGAUAAGGUUUACACAUGUAAAGUGUCUUUGGGGUCCCAGGCUGCAGAGAAGAACAUCAACAAGUCAGGCUGUUCCACUCAAGAAUAGCAGAGGACCAGAACGGCCAUUUCAGAUCUGCUUCCUUCUGCAGUUUGCUUUUUUCAGUGUUUAGAUAAUAAAAAAUACUUAUAAUACGU